AUACUCUUUAUCUUUUUUGUUUUGGGCUAUAUGAGAGAGAACCAAAGAGAGAGAGAGAUGGAGAAUGUGUGUGUUUGUGGUUUCGGUUUCCCCGUCUUCACUACAGUUUUUCCCUCCGUUUCUUGCUCUACCGUCUUCAUUUACAGCAGUACUCACUUACUCAGGCAGAGCCCGAUGCCCUGAUUCGCUCAUCCCAUGAGCCAUGGCAACCCUGAACCAGAACGUCUUAGCCUUCCCCUCUCACCCAACUCCCUCAAGGCCAAAACCCACCAACCUCCACCAUCACAACCUCUUCUCAGCUCUCACCACCGCCACCUCCCUCACCCACCUCAAACAAGUCCACGCCCAAAUUCUCCGUUCCGGCCUCGACCGCUCCACUUCUCUCCUGCUCAAGCUCGUAUUCUCCUCCUGCGCCCUCUCAUCCAGCCUCGACUACGCUCUCGCCGUCUUCAACCAAAUCCCCGACCCCGACACUCAUCUCUGCAAUCGAUUGUUGCGAGAAUUGUCGCGGAGCGUUGAACCCCGUAAGACCCUUUUGGCGUAUGAGAAAAUGAGGAAAGAAGACGUGGGCGUUGACAGAUUCAGCUUCCCGCCGCUCUUGAAGGCGUCGUCUAGAGUUUCGUCUCUGGUUGAAGGAAUGGAGAUUCACGGGCUUGCAUCGAAGUUGGGUUUCGAUUCAGACCCAUUCGUUCAGACAGGUUUGGUUAGGAUGUAUGCUGCUUGUGGGCGAAUUUUGGAUGCGCGGUUGAUGUUUGAUAAAAUGCCGCUUCGAGAUGUCGUUACGUGGAGCAUUAUGAUUGAUGGUUACUCUCAGAAUGGCCAUCUUGACGAGGUCUUAUUGUUAUAUGAUGAGAUGAAGGUGUCUAACGUGGAGCCAGAUGGGAUGAUUCUCUCAACAAUUCUUUCUGCUUGUGGCCGUGCUGGGAAUCUGAGCUAUGGUAAAGCGAUCCAUGAGUUCAUUACUGAGAAUAACAUCACAAUUGACCCACAUUUACAGAGUGCGCUUAUCACCAUGUAUGCAAGUUGUGGCUCGAUGGAUUUGGCUCAGCGUAUCUUUGAGAAGAUGUCACCAGAAGGAAUGAUUGCCUCAACUGCCAUGGUUUCUGGAUAUUCGAGACUUGGACAGAUUGAUGCUGCUCGUUCAAUAUUUGAUCAAAUGGUUGAAAAGGACUUGGUCUGUUGGAGUGCAAUGAUUGCUGGUUAUGCUGAGUGUGAUUGGCCUCAAGAGGCCCUUAAGAUGUUUAAUGAUAUGCAAUUGAAGGGUAUAAAACCUGACUAUGUCACCAUGCUGAGUGUUAUCUCAGCUUGCGCUCGUCUUGGUGCACUGGAACCAGCCAAAUGGGUUCAUUUAUAUGUUGAUCAAAAUGGGUUUGGAAAAUCUUUUCGUGUUAGCAAUGCCCUUAUUGAUAUGCAUGCCAAAUGCGGGAGCUUGGAAAGAGCAAAAGGGGUUUUUGACAAGAUGCCUUGUAAAAAUGUGAUAUCUUGGACCACUAUGAUCAGUGCUUUUGCCAUGCAUGGGGAUGCAAGCAAUGCACUAAAGUUGUUUCAUCAAAUGAAAGCUGAAAAUGUUGAACCAAAUGAGGUUACGUUUGUGGGUGUGCUUUAUGCUUGUAGCCAUGCAGGACUCGUUGAUAAGGGCCGGGAAAUUUUUGCCUCAAUGAUUAAUGAAUACAGCAUCACUCCCAAACAUGAGCACUACGGUUGCAUGGUGGACUUGUUUGGUCGUGCCAAUCUCCUGAGAGAAGCUCUUGAAGUUAUAGAGACGAUGCCUUUUGCACCCAAUGCAAUCAUUUGGGGAUCAUUGAUGUCUGCUUGUCGGCUCCAUGGUGAGACUGAAUUAGGUGAAUUUGCUGCAAAACAGCUUCUAGAACUAGAGCCAGACCAUGAUGGGGCACAUGUGCUCUUAUCAAACAUCUAUGCAAAACAAAGAAGGUGGGAUGAUGUUGGGGACAUGAGGAACCAGAUGAAGCAUAGAGGGAUUUUCAAGGAAAGGGGAUGCAGUAGGAUUGAAUUGAACAAUGAGAUACAUGAGUUUUUUAUGGCAGAUAAAAAUCAUAAAAAUGCAGAUGAGAUCUAUGAUAAAUUAUAUGAGGUGGUUGAUGAAUUAAAGCUGAUUGGUUAUACUCCAAAUAUCAACAGUGUCUUGGUAGAUUUAGAAGAUGAAGAAAAGAGGGAACUUGUUUUAUGGCACAGCGAGAAGUUGGCACUUUGUUAUGGGCUGAUGAGUGGGGCAAGGGGAUCUUGCAUUCGCAUAGUUAAGAAUCUUAGGGUUUGUGAGGACUGUCAUGCCUUUAUGAAGUUGGUGUCCAAGGUGUAUGAGAGGGAGAUCAUUGUCAGAGAUAGGACUAGGUUUCACCAUUAUAAAGAUGGUGUGUGCUCUUGUAAAGACUAUUGGUGACUCUGUUUAUAUAAUUUAAUUAUUCAUUUUUAUCCAA